AUGCAGAUACUUCAGGACUCGCUUCUCCCGGCAUGGGCAGCGUUUCAGUCACUAUCAGACAUCUUCAGCUUUCGCUCACCGGAAACGCCGCGAUUCAACCCAGCCGAAGCCACAAUUCAGUCUGUCCAUCAGGCUUUAUACGCCAAUAUAUCCAACCCAGAGACUCGACUGACAUGUCGCGAGGUAGUGACGGAGUUUCUCAACCAGAUAGAAAAAUACAAUCCUCGUAUAAACGCUAUAAUAAGCCUCGACGCAGAUUCACUAUCUAUCGCUGACGAGCUGGACGCACGACUUCACCGGGUCUUGGAGAGUAACCCCAAUAAUACCUUUGAGAACAGCAGCUGGAGCAACGAUAUACCUCUUCCGUCUCUAUUCUGCAUUCCCGUCCUGUUAAAGGACAACUUCGACACAGCCAACCAUCCCACCACCGCAGGAUGCGCGGCGUUGUCGAACUCUGCGCCUGCUUUACACGAUGCACCCGUCGUCAAGGCUCUAUGUGACGCCGGCGCGGUGAUACUAGGCAAGACGAACAUGCAUGAAAUGGCUCUGGAGGGCCUUACUGUGUCUUCCCUCGGCGGCCAAACGCUGAACCCCUAUGACUAUACACGAACGCCGGGCGGAAGCUCAGGCGGUACGGGGGCAGCCAUAGCAUCUUCCUUCGCGGUGUUGGGGCUGGGUACGGAUACGGUGAACUCGUUACGUAGUCCCGCGAGUGCAAAUAGCUUGUUCAGCAUGCGGCCUACGCGCGGUUUGAUUUCGAGAGCUGGUGUGCUUCCUGUUUCGUAUACGCAGGACACCGUUGGCCCGAUUGCGAGGUGCGUGUGGGAUUUGGCUGUGAGUUUGAACGUUAUGGCCAUGGCUAAGGCAGACGGCUGGUUUGAUACGAGGGAUAAUUUGACUGCGUUACGACCGCGUCAUGUCAGGGGGCUGGAUUAUACCAAUAUACUAUCUCGGUAUCAGGGGGGGCAUGACGGUGGUCUGAAGGGGGUUAGGUUGGGGUUGGUAGAAGGAUUCAUUAACCGUACGGAUAGUCCGGAGACAACGCCAGUGUGCAAAGUGGUAGAUGCGAUGGUAUCUAGGCUUGAGAAAGCCGGUGCAACGGUGGUCCGCGUUGCCGACUCGAUUUAUAAUUCAAGUGUAAUACUGGGUUUGGACGUUCAAGCAUACGAGUACCGUGAAAUGGUGGAUUCUUAUCUCCAGGCCCAGGGUCUACGUGACGGCAAACCAAGAGGCCCAAGAACGAUGGCAGAGCUUUACUCUAAGAUUGAUAACGAACAAGACCCGUUCCUGGUUAUCCCGCAUCAGUACGCCUUCAUACAAUCUGCACUCGUUUCGUCGCCCCUGAACAUCUCGUAUGCUCAAAAACGGCUCUCUAUCAACGCCCUGACACUGUCGGUCAAAAGGACAUUCUCCUCCCAUAGCCUUGACGCACUAAUAUACCCACAGCAACAGAAUUUACCGGUUAAGAUAGGUUCCAGGAACCAGCACGGUAGAAAUGGAAUACUUGCAGCUCUGACGGGGAGCCCUGUCAUAACCGUACCUGCUGGGUUUUCAAAUAGGGAUAUAUUCAGGGGUAUACCGGUUGGUGUGCCGAUAGGUAUGGAAAUUAUGGGAUUGCCGUGGGAAGAGGAGAGGUUAUUGAGCAUUGCUGCAAGGAUUGAAGCGUUGGAGAAUUUCAGGAGACCGCCUGUCCUAAAGGAAGAUAGGGCUAGAAGGAGUGGAUAUAGAGAAACGAUGGACAUUGUCCCGACAAUAGUUCCUAAUAGGCUAAAUAUUCAUGAUAUGUAUCCCUUGGGGAUGUAUAGAGUUAAUUGA